UGUCAGGCGACGCGAGUAAAAAAAUUUAUUGCACGAAAAAUAACCUAAAAAAAUAAAUCUUUUUGUUUAAAUUUAUCGCCAGACGCCAGUGCCACCCAAUGCCCUUUAAAUAAUUAUUAUUCUAAUUACACAUUAAUUAUUUCAGCUUGCAUUUAAAUUAAAAUUUGACAAAUAACUUUCAAAUCAAUACAAAUGGAACUUGAGGACAAUUGCGAUUCCUCCAUCGAAGUAAGACACAGAAAGGAAAAGAAAGAACUACAAGCUCAAAUCCAAGCGUUAAAGAAAGCUGCUAAAAACGAUAAAACGAAGAAAAAGGAAAUCUUGGCCGAGAUAGUAAGAUUAGAAAUUGAAAUGGAUAAUCGCCAUCAACAAGAAUUACUAGAAGCUGAGCAAAAAGAUGGAUUAAAAGAAGUACAUGAAUCCAAUGAUAAUAAUUUAGAUAAUAUGGAAAAUGAGGUAGCAAAAGUAAAAAUUUCAAAAGCACAAAAACGUCGCGAUAAAAAGUCGCAGCAGGAGAAAGAAAGAGAACUACAAAUUAAAUUACAAGAAAAAGAAAAUUUACAUGGCCCUAGGAACCAAGAAAUUCAAGAAAUUUCAGCUAGGCUAAAGAAGAGAAAUCUAAAAAUUUUUGCUAUACCUUCUGAUGGAGAUUGCCUCUACAAAGCAGUAGCUCAUCAGAUGUUAAUAAAAAAAAAUGAAAUCAUAGCAACAGCAGAUUUAAGAAAAAAGGUUGCUUCUUAUGUUAGACAGAAUAAGGAUGAUUUUUUGCCCUUUAUGACCAAUCCAGAUACUCUAGAGAUGCUCAAUGAUGAUGAAUUUGAGGCUUAUUGUGAUAAGAUUACGAAUACAGCUGUGUGGGGAGGACAAUUAGAAAUCCGAGCUUUGUCUAAUGUUUUAAAGAACCCCAUAAACAUUAUCCAGGCCACAGGGCCUGAAUGUAUAGAGCAGGGUAAUGAAUUUGAAGGUCCUCCCUUAGUAAUUACUUAUCAUCGCCAUAUGUAUAGCUUAGGUGAGCACUAUAAUUCAACCUGCAUCAAUGAAGAACUUCCGAAGUCCUGAAAUACCCAAAUAGACACAUAGUUACAGGAAUUUGUGCAUUUAUGAUGCUUAACUUAUAGCAAACCAAUUUUAAUACCUAAGGCAGUCAAUAAAAUGAACAAAAUAAAUCAUUUUUUCUAAGAAGUUUGAUAAUUUAUUUGUAAGCAAAUAAGGGUUAGUAAA